GAGAGAGAGGAGGAGGAGGAGGAGGAGGAGGGAUGAGAGGAGACGAUAGACCUGCAAUGUGCCACUGCCUCUGGUCAGAGACAGCUGGAGAUUCGGAGAAGCAGCAUCACCGGCAGGAGACACAGCAUCUUGAAUUAAAAACACACAUCCAGCUGCAGAGGGAAAAUCCUGCCGACGGAUACCUGCGAUUGCAAGAGAGCAGAGAAGAAGAGAGGACUCGACGAAAGACUGUUCGGAAGCAGCUAUGCGGCCGCGGUCCAGACUCCUGUCCAAGAGACGACUCCUGCUGCCCACCAUCAGAGAAGGCACCGAGGAGACGGUGAGGGAUCGGAAUGAGGCCAACGCGCUUCACAUCACAUCCGUGUCCUCUGAGGACUACCUGCUCUCCAUCUGCCACCUGGCCCACCCCACCUUCCCCAGCAGGGACGCUUCCCCUGACAACACGCAGCACACGAGGCACUUGGAGGCCGGUCCCCAGAGGCUGAGGCGGAGGCACAGUGGGAAAACGUCCACCAGAUACGAGUUGAACCCGGAGGAGGAGGCGCAAGGCACGGAGGAGAAAGAACUGAGCGGCGAGCUGAUGUUUGGCAACUCGGACCCUCUCGAGUUUCUUUACGGACACCAGAGCCACCUCUCGGGCGGCGUGAGGAGGGCGUGCGCGGAGGGAGGCUUCACGAGGCAGCACGGGGGCGCGUGGGAGUGCCAGGCUCGCUCCAGGGCGCACAGCAUCCCGCGGGCCUCGAGUCCGGUCCCCCCACGCCAGCGCAAGAGCAGCUGCCCCGAGUUGCACCCCAGCACUGACACGUCGGCCCCGGGUAUCUCCACGACACGCAGCCCGUGCAGGUCGGAGGCCCCGAGGGGGAGCCCGGCGGAGAGAGGAGCAGGGGCCGAGAGGCAGAGACCCGCCGCCAAACAGUCCCUGAUCUCGCAGUGGAUCUCUGACUGCAGGUCCGCGUGGCGAGAGGCGCGCGUGCGGGUCUGCAUGCUGCCCGCAAUCGCUGAGAUAUAGUGGCACGCGCUGUGGAAGAAGACAUGUCCUCAGUAAAGUGUCCAGGUCUCUUUCUGUCUGUCUGUGCACGAGACAUUUGGCAUCGGGAGAGACAUGUAGACGUGUGUUAUGCAGAUUAUGGGAAACAAGUAAAUACACAUUUGAAAAACACACAGAGGCAAGUAAUGUUUGUCAUGUUGCCAUGACUGUAAUGUUACAUCGAUGUCACCAUUUGCUUUUUUCCAACCCUCUUACUCUUGAUAUAUGCUGUGGAUCAGACACAACAAACAAAUCUGCAAAGUCCUUUUAUACGUUUCUGUGUUUUGUGAACCGCACAUAAAUAAAUAAACGAAUAUUUUCGAUACUCCAAACUA